AUGCACAUCACCAUGCGCUCUCUCUCAUCCUCUCACCACAAGGAUGACGUAUGCCCCGCCUGUCCCCCUCUCCUCCGCCUCCAUAUCGGCUUCUUCGAACACAGGGCGAGUUCCUCCUCGAAGUACGACGGGCUGUCUUCCAAAUCCCCGCCAGUUUUCCCACGCUUGGCCUGGGACGCCCCGCCCCUCGACGGACCGCUACUCCGCCUUUUAGCAUCCAUGUGUCCUACAGGAGACAUCAGUGGACCAACGAUUAGACACAUGGAUGCUAAAAGGCGGAGUAGCGGUCCGRCGAGGGGCGGGGCGUCCCAGGCCAAGCGUGGGAAAACUGGCGGGGAUUGGGAAGACAGCCCGUCGAUCUUCGAGGAGGAACUCGCCCUGUUCGAAGAAGCCGAUAUGGAGGCGGAGGAGAGGGAAGGACAGGCGGGGCAUGACGUCAUCCCUGUUGGUGACCUGUUCUCUGCUGACCUCAACCCCCGAUGGCGUCGGCCGCAGGCCGCCCCUCUUAACCCGGACUCUGACACCCUGGUCUUCCAACAGAUCGACCUCGACUACUAUUUAGGGGCUGUUGUGGCUGGCAUGCCAGGUCAGUCUCAGGGGAAUGUACCAAUAAUCCGCAUGUUCGGGGUGACUGACAGCGGGAACAGUGUGUGCUGCCACGUGCACGGCUUUGCCCCCUAUUUCUACAUCCCUGACAGAGAGAUAAAUGGUGUAGAGCAGUAUCAUGGCACAAGAGGAUGA